ACAACGAAGAUGUUGAGCCGAUUCGUGAGUGGCAGCGUCAGGAAUCUCGAGCGGGAAUACAGCUGCACAGUCCGGCUGCUGGACGACUCGGAAUAUACGUGCACCAUUCAGCGGGAUGCAAAAGGACAGUAUCUGUUUGACCUCAUCUGCCACCACCUAAACCUGCUGGAGAAAGAUUAUUUUGGCAUCAGAUACGUGGACCCCGACAAGCAGCGGCACUGGUUGGAGUUAACGAGGUCUAUUGCUAAGCAAAUGAAAUCUCAGCAUCCGUUCACUAUGUGUCUGCGUGUCAAGUUUUACCCUCCUGAUCCAGCCGCUCUCAAGGAGGAAAUCACUCGAUAUCUCGUCUUCCUGCAAAUCAAAAGAGACCUUUACCACGGCCGCCUCCUGUGCAAAACCUCGGAUGCCGCGUUACUGGCUGCAUACAUCCUUCAAGCUGAGAUCGGGAAUUACGACCCCGGGAAGCAUCCGGAAGGUUACAGCUCAAAAUUCCAGUUCUUUCCCAAACAUUCGGAGAAACUAGAGCGGCGGAUCUCAGAUAUACACAAGACGGAACUCAUCGGACAAACCCCUGAAACAUCAGAGCGAAAUUUCCUGUUGAAGGCCCAGAUGCUGGAAACAUAUGGUGUUGAUCCACAUCCGUGCAAGGAUGUGUCGGGGAAUCCGGCUUUCCUUGCCUUCACACCUUUUGGGUUUGUGGUCCUGCAGGGAAACAAGAGAGUUCAUUUCCUCAAGUGGAAUGAGGUGACCAAGCUGAAGUUUGAGGGCAAGACAUUCCACAUUUAUGCAAAUCAGAAGGAGGAAACAAAGAUCACCCUGACAUACUUUGCACCCACACCGGAGGCUUGCAAGCACCUUUGGAAGUGCGGAGUGGAGAACCAAGCUUUCUAUAAGCUUGAAAAGUCAAGCCAGGUCCGCACUGUGUCCAGCAGCAACUUAUUCUUCAAGGGCAGCCGCUUCCGCUACAGUGGACGCGUGGCAAAGGAGGUGAUGGAGCAGAGUGCCAAAAUUAAAAGAGAACCUCCAGAAAUACACAGGGCUGGCUUGGUUCCCAGCAGAAGCUGUCCGUCCAUCACUCACGGGCCUCGGCUCACCAGCGUACCCCGGACAAGGCGAAGAGCCGUGCACAUAUCUAUCAUGGAAGGCCUGGAGUCGCUCCGUGACAGCGCCCACUCCACCCCGGUGCGUUCGGUGUCCCACGGUGAGGCGUUCAUUCCGCGCUCGCGCAGUCAGGCCGCGGAUGCUGGCGAGGGGACGGCGGUGAUCGCCGAUGAGGCCUACAGCCCCUCGGACAGCGUCCUGCCCACGCCAGUGGCUGACCACGGCGCGGAGCUACCAGCGGCUUUACGCCUAAUAAACGGGGCACCAUGCAGCAUCGAGGAGGAGAAGGAGUCCGAGGCGGGUACCCCGACCCGAGGGGACGGAGGGGAUUUUGGACGAGCUCGAGAGGGCUCCGCGGGGGCCCUCAAUGAGGUGGAACAGGUGAAUAAGUUUGUCUUGAGUGUCCUGCGUCUGCUCCUCGUCACCGUCGGACUCCUCUUUGUGCUGCUCCUCCUCCUCAUCGUCCUCACCGAAUCUGACCUGGACGUGGCGUUUUUACGUGACAUCCGCCGGACCCCUGAAUUCGAGCAGUUCCAUUACGAAUACUUUUGUCCCCUUAGGCGGUGGUUUGCCUGCAAGCUCCGCUGGGUGGGCGGGUUGCUCGUUAGCAAGUGA